AUGGGGGUCGUUGUCUUUGGUAAAUCAAUAAAGCACAAUUUUCCGGUAAGGAUAGGUCUUGCCAAAACGAUAUUUGGGAUAGGUCCAGAUACAGCUUCAAGAUUAAUGGCGAAAAUAGGAAUUUAUCCAAAUUGUAAAAUGAACCAAUUGACAGAACCACAAAUAAUGGAUUUGAAUAAAGAAAUAUCGCAGUUAUUGGUAGAAGGGCAUUUGAAACACAAAAUAAAUAAUGAUAUUAAAAUGAAACGAGAUAUAGGUUCAUUUGCUGGGUUCAGGCAUGCUUGGGGGUUCCCAGUACGCGGUCAAAGGACUAAAACCAAUGCUAAUACAGCUAGAAGAUUGAAUAAAUUAGAAAGGUUCAGGCUUUAA